AUGGCUGAAGCCAUGGAUGUCAAUGUGCUGCCGCCGCCCGAUGGGUCCAAAACGCGUCCAAGCUCGCCGCGCAAGAUUGUCGCAUUAUCAGAGGAUGUGGUCAAUAAGAUCGCCGCCGGCGAGAUCAUCGUUGCACCAGUACAUGCUUUGAAAGAGCUUAUUGAGAACGCAGUAGAUGCCGGUUCCACGUCGCUUGAGGUGGUGGUGAAAGAUGGUGGGUUGAAGCUGCUGCAGAUUACCGAUAACGGACAUGGUAUCGAAAAAGGCGACCUUCCAAUACUUUGUGAGCGCUUCACGACAUCCAAGCUUGAAACAUUUGAGGACCUGAGCUCUAUCGGUACGUACGGGUUCAGAGGAGAAGCUUUGGCGAGCAUCAGUCAUAUAGCACAUCUCUCUGUCACUACGAGAACAAAGGAAUCAAGUUGUGCUUGGAAAGCGCAUUAUGCGGGAGGAAAGCUUGCUCCAUCAAAACCAGGACAGGACCCGGCACCGAAGUCAAUCGCUGGUCGGCCUGGUACCCAGAUCACUGUUGAAGACCUAUUCUACAACAUACCAACACGAAGGCGAGCAUUCCGGUCAGCAAGCGAAGAGUUUGCCAAAAUUCUCGAUAUUGUCGGCAGGUAUUCCGUUCACUGCAGUGGCAUCGGCUUUUCAUGCAAAAAGCACGGAGAAUCUAGUAUGGCCAUUUCUGUUGCGUCAAAAGCUACGACACUCGAUCGAAUACGGCAAGUGCACGGUGCUGCGGUCGCCCGUGAGCUCAUCCAAUUCGAUGCGUCUAGCGAGCGCUGGGGAUUUAGAUGUGAGGGAUGGGUGAGCAAUGCAAACUACAGUAUCAAGAAGACGACCAUGCUUUUAUUCAUCAAUCACCGCUCUGUUGAGUCAACAGCGAUUAAGAAAGCCAUCGAGCAAACAUACCAAGCGUUCUUGCCCAAGGGCGGCCAUCCAUUUUCGUAUCUCAGUCUUGAGAUCGAGCCUCAGCGUGUCGACGUAAAUGUCCAUCCCACGAAGCGCGAAGUCAAUUUUCUCAAUGAAGACGAGAUCAUCGAAACCAUAUGCUCAUCUAUUCAGAUCAAACUCGGUAGUGUGGACACAAGCCGAACUUUCAUGACACAAAGCCUGCUUCCUGGACCCAGUAAAACCCAGUCUCCAAGUGUGAACAUUCCAACCAUAACACCAUCGUCUGACCGUCUUAGUAUGCAGACGCCUAGUCGACCACAGGGACUCUUAAUGCAGCAGCCUAGUACAAAGCGCAAGACACUCGAGAAUAAUCUCGUGCGUACCGACUCCAAGGUUCGAAAAAUCACAUCCAUGCUUUCCACAGAGCGGCGAGAAUCCACCGCCGACGAAUUACCUGAGACUUUCGAAGCGCAAUACCCGUACGAAAUCGACGACGAGACGGAAACUACGGUAUGUCGUCUCAUGUCCAUCAAAGAUUUACGUGCAACUGUGCGGGACAACAUGCAUAAUGAAUUGACGGACUUGUUUUCGUCACAUACCUUCGUGGGUAUAGUGGACGACAGACGCAGGAUGGUCGCAAUCCAAGGAGGUGUGAAGCUUUAUUUGAUCGACUACGGGCUCGCGUGUAAUGAGUACUUCUACCAGGUUGGUCUGACAGAUUUUGGUAAUUUCGGCGUUAUACGAUUCGAACCACCUCUCUCCCUAGACGAGCUUCUUAGGAUAGCCGUCGAGCACGAGAAGCGGUCGAGUCAAUCGGCAGAAGAUGAAGGAGAUGAUUUUGACUGGGACAUGGUUGCUUUGACGGUCAAAGAACAUCUUAUAUCAAAGCGAGACAUGCUGGUUGAGUAUUUCUCGCUUGACAUUUCCGAAACAGGUGAUCUAAGCACGAUUCCGCUUCUUGUGAAGGGAUAUGUACCGUGUAUGGCUAAAUUGCCUCAGUUUUUGCUCAGGCUUGGUCCGCAUGUCGAUUGGAAUGAUGAGAAAAGUUGCUUUCACACGUUUCUAGCUGAGCUAGCUAGCUUCUACGUUCCUGAGGCCAUGCCGGUGGUACGCGAUCACACGACAACUGCAGCAACAAGCAGAGAGAAUGAUUCGAAAGAUUCCACCGGGAAUGACAUAGCUCCGAUGAUCGAAGCCGACAUUCAAGAGGAGCCGAAUGUCGAAGACAAAGCGAUUGAGAUCAGAAGAAAACAAUUGCAUCACGCACUGGAGUAUGUCAUGUUUCCAGCGUUCAAGAACAGGCUAGUCGCCACUAAAGGCAUGCUGCAAGGAGUUGUCGAAAUCGCAGAUCUCAAAGGACUAUAUCGAGUAUUUGAGCGAUGUUGAAAUUCAGGUGUCACUAUAUUCGGAAAUCAACGGCGACGUGUAUUAAUGACAUUGCGAGCAUCAUCUUCUGAAAAUUUAUAAACAGUAAUACAGUGCCCAGGCGCGCAUUGUGCACCUCUCGCGGAGCUCAUCUCCGAUAAUAGAAGAGCAUUGGCAUACCUUUAAGGUGCACUUGAUGAGGCCUGUGCCCUUUGUCGAGUCAUGACGACGCAAGUGGUGCAUGCCCGUAUCCAAGUAUCAAGUAAUGGGCAGGUAAUUAGCAGUAUACUACGUGUGCCAUGUUAAGUGGUGCGAUGCGAUGAGCACGAUGAAUGCUUUUAGCUUGGCUGUAGAAGCAUAGAUGUCACCUCAUUUCGCACUCCCCGGCGGAAAAUCCACAGCUGGUAAAUGGUAGAUCGC